GAGGAAACUGUCCUCGACCCAACAACGGCCGCUGAUUGGCUGAUCAUCUGUAAGGAGGCUGAAAAACUGACGCCGGGAUGAAAAACCACGGGACAAAUAGCUGAUUAUUUAUUCUGCUGGAAGGAUUCGUCAUGGCGACCCAACUGAAUCCAUGGCAGGGACUAGAUCCCUGAGAGCCAGAGGGCAUCGGGCUUCAUCACAGGUAUUGGAGGAUUUCCCAGGUUCCACUGUGCACGAGGACAACAUGAGGCUUCCUAAACGCUGGGCGACACACAGUGUGUGUGCGCGUGCGUGUGCCUACAGGCGUGUGUUGGCACUGGGUGUGGUUUUAGGUUUGCUGUGUUUGGGGAUAGUCUCUCUACCAAUGAUGGAGAAGACCGAGACAAGCAAACCUCUGGACUGGCACGUCAGCGAUGCACAUAAAAAGCUGGUGCACGAGCACGUGCACAGGGUUCUGGAGAGCCAGUGUCAUCCCAGUGGCACCAGGCAGAGUUUGUUAGCUCGACUCCCCGCUUCAAGUUACAUGACCCAGGCCUUUCUGUGGAAGGAUGUGCCACUCCCUGACGACCUUUUCCUGUAUCCACCACCUUUUGGAUUCAGAGGUCUUCAGAGCAGAGUAGAGAACCUGCUCAAGCAGCUGCCAGACUCUGACUCCGUGCCCCUGCCAGAAAAGACAUCAGAUAAAUGUCAGCGCUGUGUGGUUAUGGGAAAUGGAGGCAUUCUCAGAGGCCUGGAGCUGGGCCCACUGAUUGACCGCUUUGAGACCAUCAUCAGGUUAAACAGCGGUCCUCUGGGGGAGUUCAGUGUUGACGUUGGAAAUCGAACCAGCAUCAGGAUGAGCUACCCAGAGGGGACACCGCUGCACUGGAUGGACUCAGACCCACACACUCUGUUUGUGACUGUGGUUUAUAAAAGUGUAGACAUCAGCUGGAUCUCUGCUAUGGUCAACAAGCUCUCUGUGCCUCUGUGGGACUGGCUCUUCUUCUGGCAGAAAGUUCCAGAUCAAAUCCCUGUUGAACGCCACAGGUUCAGACUUCUAAACCCACAAAUCAUCAGAGAGACUGCAAUAGAUCUACUGAAAUACCCUCCACCCAGACUACACCUGUGGGGAAGAGACCAGAAUGUGCCCACCAUGGGGGUCUCUGCACUGAAUUUAGCCAGCCUGCUGUGCGACGAGGUCAGCCUGGCAGGCUUCGGCUACAACCUCUCCCAGCAGGGGGCACCACUGCACUACUACGACCACCUGCCCAUGACUGCCAUGCUGAAGCAGACUUCCCACAAUGUGGACAGAGAGACUGAACUCUUACAAGAGCUGGUCCGAAAGGGCGCCAUCACUGACCUGACGGGAGGGAUUCACUGCGCCUUCUGCUCCAGCUGACAGCAUGGCACUUCUUUGUUGUAAAGUGCUUUUAAAAAGAAAGAAUACAUUGUACAAAAACACACAAAGACAACGGUAAGACCAAAGGACUUACAAACGUGUGAGAGACAAGGAAGAAGAGACAGGUGAGAGAGAAACUUGGAAUAAAGAUAGAAACAAAUGUAAUAUUUGUCACAAAGUGCUUCUUGAAGAACAAAGGACACGAUUACAGAAAGAGAGUAACAUGGUGUCCACAGGCCGUACAUGUCUGUCAGUGUUUACAUUUUACAGUUCUCUUUUUGCUGUGUAGCAGCAGUCUCAUUGAUCUGAUCUGACCCAUCAACUUUUAAACCAACAAUUGCUCUUAAAGUGUCUUUGCUGAUGAACCCAACUAAAAGUCAGCGUGCAUAUUGAAAUGUUGAGUUAGAAUUCUAUUAUUACUUUAAUCCAUAUCAGCAUUUCUGACUGUUAUGGGCCCCAAACAUGCCUUCUGUAGGUAGUGUUAGGGCCUUUGCACAUCUGAAAGUCCGAACCAAGUUCACAUUUUUGUUACACUGUAUAGAUUUUACACAUUUAGUUUUGGUUUCACAUUGCAAUUGUGAGAGCACAGUAAAGAAAUAUACAUGACAUAUCUGUGUCCUUCAUGAGCUGCCUGUACCAGCACUUGACAUUUGUUGGUUUGUAGAUGAGUCAGUCCUGUAGUGUCCUUUCUCUCACAUCCACUCGGAAAAUAACUGAAAAGUUUGUGAGAUUUUCCAACUGACUCUUUAUAAAGUUGUCCCCUCCUCUCUCCCCAUGUGCCACCAUGGCUCAUUUUGUUAUGUGGCGUUGUUGAUUGACAAACUGAAACUUACACUGUACAUUUACUACAUCUUGAUAACUGCUCAUUUCUGCUCGCAAAUAGCUGUCUGCCCUGAGUGCAGCAACCGUCGCUCUCUCUGUCGCUAAACCACACACAUUACACACUGAGGCGCUACACUACUCUUAUCACUUGACCAUAGCCUGUCAAAAUUUCCUGUAAUUGGUCUGAAAGCCCAAACCAUCCUGAAAUGUUUUCGCAACAGAAACAAACAGAGCCAUGCUUCGGUUAUAUCCAGACUGAGACCACCUCCUUUCAUCUGACCUAAGGUUUGGCUGUUUGGCCCAGACAGUGGUUUCACACCUGUAAUUUUGGUUCAGAUCAAAGUCCAAAAGGCCAGACCAAACAAGGUAGAUGAGAAGGGGCCCUCAAUGUGUAGAUAAGCUCACCUACUUUUGAACAGAGGACUGCUUCAAUUGACGAUACGAUGUUGUCUAGUAUCUUGUUAGUUCAUGAUAGUAAUUACAUAGUAAAAUGGUUGUAUCAAAACAUCCCUAGUAAGCAGACUAAACUGAACCAAGCCUGUUUCUCCACUCGUUAUAAAGACAUUUUGUUCACUUUCAAAUGAAAUGACAGAGUUAAAGACAGAGUUAAAUAUGUUACCAUGCAUAUUAUUUAUUCCUAUGAACACUGGAACAGAUGGCUCUGUAUGUGAAGUUACAGAGGAAUGUAAAAAGCGGAUUGUUCUGCAUCAGUCUAAGAUGUCUUCAAAUAGCUGAAGUUCUAUGUUGCUUACAGAAUAUUGUAGCACACAAUAUUUAUCAGCACAUCUGUAUUAUUCCACUGCACAUUAAAUUGUACUUGUUUAUUCUGCAGUCUUAUAAAAUGGCUGGUCGGUAAAACAGUGCACAAAUGAAAUGUGUUAUAAAUUGUAUGUUGUUGCUCUUUUCUUGCAUUAUUUGUAAUGUAGCUAAUAACAUUUCCAAUCACUGCACACACACUUGUUUAUGUAUGUUUAUGUUAAGCUUUAGAUUUCAUCCAUUUCAGUCGCCACAACAUAUUGUUCUUUCAGUGAAAGUCAAUUUUUAUGUAUCCAUUCAAAUAUUUAACACAGCUAAUAUCAGCAUGAGGUAUUUGAAAAGAAGAUGUAAACAUUAAAAACAGUCAUAUUCAGAUGUGAAUUUCACAUUUCCAAGGAGUUUACAAUCAUGUAGCCUUGUUUCAACCAACUGUCUGAUCAACAGAAGGACAUGAAUGCACACACUUGCACGACCCUUGUGUGACCUCAAGAGAGACUGAUGUUUUAUGAUGCGCUUUUCAUUUCCAGGACAGUUUUAGAUUUUUAUCAUACUUAAUUUAUUGCACUGCUUUUGGAUCUUGUUAUUAAAAUGUACAUAUGGUUGAACACGUGAAUGAUUUUUCAUGACUCAUUUCAGAAAUAGCUCUAAAGAUUCACGCUGAAGAAACAGAAGUGAAAUGUGCCUCAAGCGAUAAAUGUACUUUUCAAAGUAUAAAGGAGAGUGUGCAGCCCAGGUUGUUCCAGGUUAGAUAUUACUACAAAUCAGAGUCAGCCUCUCUUUGUCUCAGAGACAGGAUCAAACAGCUCAUACACUGCACUUUGUGAAAGAACUAACCACAGUCAUAGACUGGCAAGGCUUGAGAGACUGCUGGUAGUUCAAAUUAAGGUUUCCUUUCAAUAAAAUCGGUUGCACAAAAACAUCCUUAAGUCUUCUUAAAGGUUUUUUUUCUUUAUCUUGGUCUUGAAUUUAAGGAAUUACUUGAAGUUUGUUAAACAGAGGACCUUAGGAACCAAAAUAAGGAAAAAAACAUAAGGUACCUCUGAUUGCAUCGUAACCACGACAUGGCUGAGUUUAUGGUGACUGAUAAGGAAAAAUGAAGGCAUCCUAAGAUGUAGCAUCUGUAGGCUAUAUUCACCUGUUUCGCUCGCCAUGUUUUUAUUUAGGCCUACUUGUCUUUUCAAUUGAUUUUCACUGUAGGUCUUUUGCUCCAAAGACUGACCAUUUAAUGAAUAGGCUAUGCAAUGUUUGUUAUUAUUGAAAACCCCCAAUAUAUUAUUG